AUGGACCAGAACUGGAACGAAAAUGAACCGCAUGUGGUUGAAGAAUUUGCUGAGGAGUUCAAGGAAUGCUCGAAUUCAGGGAUUGGCACCUCGUUAGGUGGCCGAUAUAAUAAACACAAGAAAUUGAUGCAAGAACACAUAGCUCUAGAUUGGGCUGUGCAUAUUGAAGAAAAUGGAAUCCAAAUGUAUGGCAUUUUCUGCGGUUUCAAUGGUGGGGCCGAUGUGGCUAGAUUCGUCAUGAACAGAAUGGUCUAUGAAGUGUUCAAGGAUCAUCCAAUCGCCAAGUCAAUGAGUGUUCAAGAAGUUAAAGAUGCUUUACUCAAGAAGUUUCAUACUGUGGAUAUGCGGUACCUUCAAACUGUUGAUGAUGAUUUAACCGAAAGAUUUCUUUUACUAGAUGACCCUAUUGGGAAUGCCGAUCGCAUUUCAGUGCUGAAUGCUAAGAUUCGAAAAGGGACUACUGUUUUUGUCGUUCUCAGAGUUGAUCAUCAUCUUUAUGUACUCAACUGCGGCACGUCUCUAGGUUUGGCAGUACGGUCUGAUCGAUCUAUGGUUCGCUUGAACUCGCGCGUUCACGACAAUGACGAUCCUAGUGAGUAUGAACGGCUAGAGAAACUGAACAUUGAUCCUUUGACGGUUCACCGUCCUACUCGUGCGUUGGGUGACUACUUCCGGCGGAACCUUUUCGAUGAAAAAGAAGAAUUCAUAGGGGCGAAGGGCAAUCCAGUUAUUUCAGAACCAGAUCUCUACCAUCUAGAGAUAGACGAAACUUGGAAGUACUUAGUCCUGCUAUCGGAUGGUGUGUUGCAGAAUCUAAAAGAUUGUGGUGUUGAAGAUAUUACCGCUGAAGUGCAGGAGAGGUUACAAGUUGAGAUAAGCGUACGAAGUACUGCACAAGGACUGGUGGAUGCGUUUGGAAGGAAGCACGAUAUUGCUUAUUGUAGAAAUGACUUUGCUGACCAUGUGAGCAAUCGUCGAGAAGAAAUGACUGUCAUCUUUGUGCAACUAUGGGAUCCGAAUAAAUUCGCAGAUUCCGUUUCUUCCAGCACGUAUACGGAGAGUUCACUAGAUACGUCACUUCCUCAAACUGAAAUUGGGCCUAUACCACCUUAUGUAGAUAUUACUAAUCUUAGUCCUAAUUUUCGAGCAGAACUCGAUGAAUUGUUAAACUACUAA